ACACGUAUGAUCUUUUUAUAUGGAACGCUUCGCAUUUCCGCCCUUGUCCUACAAAUGGACUAAUUGCAAUUUUUUUGUAAAUAAUUACUGAUUUUCUAAUACUCAAUAUUUAAAUAUAUCGUUUGGACCUAAUUAAUGUCUAAUUGUGUCUCUAAGGUGUGUUUGAGAUUAAUUCAUUCCCAAUUGUAUUCUGUAUCCGACUGUAUAUAUGUUAUAUUUACAUAUUAUUUUUUAAUAUUUUUGCAAAUACAUAUUUAAUAAUAAGCAUAAUUGCUAAUGCGGCCCUUUUUCAGAUUCUAGAUAAAUUUAAUGGACGAGAUAACUUUCAUUCAGUUGAAAUGUUUAUGAUGCAUAAUUUUAGGCGAUUGUGAAAGAAACUCGCUUUUGGAACUGAUUUUGUAUCCGAUCUCAAUUUUGACUAAAACAUGCUCUUCCAUAUCGAAUAAUUUCUAAUAAGUAUCCACAAGAUAAUUGCGAAAUAUUUAUUUAUAAGUACAGUUCAUUGAAUGUUAUAAAGCUGAAAUGUUUUAUUAACAUUCCUUUAGAUUUUAUACUUUUUUACAUACGGGCGAAAAGAAACAGCAUUAUUUGUAUAUAAUUACAUUAUGUUUAUUAAAGCACAUAUUUCUGAUGAGUUCAAGGUUGUCCUCACCGAUUAUCAGUUAUUUUACAAUGCAUUCCCCAGAGUGUUUAACAAAGGUAUGUGUGUACAGAUCACAAGCUAUAUUAUCGAACACCUCCACCUGCAAUGCCAGCCACAUUUAUAUAAAUGCUGAAGAUUAUGAGAUAAUCAUUAGUAGUACUUGCGAGGACACCGACGUCACAUUAAGAUAUUGAUGUUUCAGUUAAAUCUUCAACAAUCAAGCAUGCUACUUUUGAUUUUUUUGGGGUUAUGGGUCGCGUUGACUGUUGCUGCCAAUGAAAUGAUUGAACAGCCGAUUAGGCAUCCUGAUUGCCCACUGAUCGACGAUCCAAUGCAUCCCGUACAAUUGCCCUAUCCCACCGACUGCAGGAAGUACUAUACUUGCAAAAAUGGGUACGGUUAUGCAAUGUUAUGCGAGAAUGGACUUCAAUGGAAUCUUCUGACAUAUCGCUGUGAUUUUCCCUACUCUACAAAAUGUGCCAACAGCAUUCCUGGUUCGAUAUAUCCCACGAAUCCUAACAAUGAAGGCAGCGCUUAUCCCACAUUCGAAAAAUCAUUUUUCACAAUAGACUCUGCAGACUGCAAUAAGUUCUAUAAGUGCAUUCCAAUGCGUUGUCCUUCUUUUAUGUAUUGGAAUUCAUUACUAGAGAGAUGUGAUUUACUACAAAAUGGCGAUUGCAGAAAUACGCCACAGAUAUGGACACUGCCUCCAUACAUUGAUAACUCAAUACCAACUGCUGCAACACCUCCAACAGCAUCACAAGGGGAUCGGGGACCCGCUUCAUAUUCUCCGGAAUACAACACUGAUAUCACAAAUUUAUUUGAUUUAUGCAAAACCCCCGGAAUUGACUACGUAAGACAUCCACUUGACUGUCAAAAAUUUAUUCAAUGCAAUGGCUUUGCAACUGUGCAGACCUGUGGAAACGGUCUUUUCUGGAAUUCAGAAGUAAUGGCCUGCGAUCGUUACUGCAAAUAAGAUUAUUAGUAGUAAUCAUGACUUUCCAAUACGUACAUAUGUGUAAUGAUAAAAUUGUAUAAAACUGUAAUCGCCUGCUCUGAAUUCGAAUUUUAGUACUUACAUAUAUAUAAAUAAUAUAAUAAAUAAACUUCUUCAACUUUAUCUAA